AUGGAGAUCGCUUGGAAGCUGGGAGAGAGGGAGGGAGGCAGGGAGGGAGGGAGGGAGGGGAAUGCAGGGUAUGAUUAUGAGUGGUUGGCCAGCAUGUCUUGUGAGUUGAGAGGAGUCUUGCCCAGCUGUAAGCUCACUCAUGGUGCCAUGGCCUUCUUGUCUGUCUGAGGGUGUGUAUGUACAGUAUGUACACCCAUCUGCCUGUGUGUGUGUCUGAGUGCCUGCACCACGUAUGUGUGCGUGUGUGUGUGUGUGUGUGAGCGUCUGUGUGUGUUGAGUUUGUCCCAGCUGUGAGCUCACCGACAGUGCCCCUGGCCUCCUGGUAUGUGUGUGUCAGGGCCCUGUGAUUAAUGACCCACAGGCCUUGUUUCUCCUGCUUCCUUCCUUUCCAGCCAUGUCACACUCACCGUCACACGUCAACCUAAUGGACGCCGGCAGAUUUAUACUAGAACAACCCCCACUAGGCCACAGCAAUAGACUGAAGGUUACUAGGUACUAAACAUACACAUACAUGCAUGCGUGUAUGUGCAGUACCUAGUAACCUUCAGUCUAUUGCUGUGGCCUAGUGGGGGUGCACACACACACAUAGACACACACACACACAAACACACACACACACACACACACACAGACUCAGAGAAACACACACGCACACAAACAAGAUACAAAGCUCCAGGGAUAAUUCAGACAUUUCCAGUCCAAACCCCGCUUAUCAGCCUCUUCUGUUCUGGAAGGGAAGAAAGUGCUGCAGUGGGCAUGUGUGUAAGUGAGGGUGUGUGUUUGAGUGUGUGUGUUCGGCUGUCUGUAGAUUUGCUGUGCGGUGUAAGUUUGUGUGAGAGCAGCAGCAAAGCUUGCAUGUGUGCUGGUUCCCAGCCUGUCAGAGGGCUGUCAGGCUGUGAUUUAUGGUUGCUAGACUCGGAGCAGUCUUCGCUGCCAGUUCAGUAUUGUUACAACUGACAGCUAAUGAGGCCAGACGUGCUUUCAAGCACAGCACUUAACAGAGGCCUCCAUCUACACCAGUCACCGGGUCCUUUUCCUCCUCCUUCUCUCUCCCAUUUAUUUUAUCUUCUAGAGUGACAGUGUAGAGAGGGCUAGCAGCCAUGAGAGCCCUGCUGGGGUACUGAGAGAACAAGACAGAGCAGAGCAGACAGAGAUGUGUGGAGGACACUCUCUUUCACUUCCACUCUUCACUACCUCAUGCACACUAUUUAGCCAGACUUCACACAAAACAGGUACAAGCAAAACUCUUAACACCACGCCACCCUUUACUGCUGCUACACACUGGAUAUUAUUAAUGUUACACUGACAUGGUGUGAUUUAUAUGAUAUUCUAAAAAGAGUAACAGUAAGGAAACAGUGAUGAUAUCACAAUGGUGGGCUCCUUGUUGUUCAGACAGUGGAAACAUACCUGGACUAUGAGUUUUAGGCAGUGGUCUUGUCUGUUCUACCUUCAACACAGCUCUGUGUGUAGACCCCAUGCAAUAAUCACUACCAGAGUCUCUGGCAGCAGCACCCGUGCCCCCCCUUCCCUGGCCCCUGGUUCCUUGUCAGUCGUGAUUAAUGGUAGGGCCCCGGUGCGGCUUACGUUGCCAGUUCCAGCGAUGUUCCCUUGAUACUUAAUGAACUCUGACAAACUUAUUUUCCCUUGCUCUGUUGUUCCUUUUUUCUUUCCUCGUUUAAAAUGCACAGCACAGAUCUGCCAUGCACUGCGGCACCUAGAGGUUAGGGCUGGCUGGUUUCAUAUGUCUGAAGCGACUGAUCGAGGGCUAAAAUAAGGUUUGUUGUGGAGGUGAGAAAGCAGUAACACAUAUACAUCAGAUGUUUUUCAAGCUUGAUGAGGUGUUAUCACUCUACUUUGUGAGCUGCACAAUAAAUAAUCUAAUGUAUCCUAACUAUAAUGGAGCUAGAUCAUCUUAAAUAGUAUUUUGUACUUGCUGCCAGUGCUGCAGUCCACCGCUAGUCUCACCAUCAUCAGCUAAUUUAGUCAGUCCAGCACAUGGAAUCAGGUUUCAAGUUCAAGUUUCAAGUUUUUAAUGUCACGUGCACUUGUACUGUGAAAUGCCUUUCUUGCUAGCUCUUUCCCAGCAAUGCAGUAGUACUAUAUAUUUUUUAUUAAGUCGAACAAAAACACGAGAAAUAUCAAUAAGAAGAACACAAGAAAGUAAGUAAUCUACACUAUAUACAGGGUCAGUUCCAGGGUCAGUGCCAAUACCAUAUUUACAAUGUGCAGGGACACUGGAGUUGUAGGGUUAGAUAUGUAUAGGGGUAAGGUGACUAGGCACCAGGAUGUAUGAUAAACAGAGUAGCAGCAGCGUUUAUGAUGAUUGUAUGUGCGUGUGUGUAGUCAGUAUGAAUGUGUGUGUGUGUUAUGUGUGUGUGAGCAAAUGAAGUGUGUGUGUGUGUGUGUGUUGGCGUGUCAGUGUGAGUGAGUAUGUGUGAGUGAGUGUGUAGAAUGUGCAUAGAGUGAUUGUGGGAGUGUGCAUAGAGAUAAAAUAGAAGGAUCAAUACAGAUAGUCUGUAACAAUUUCGUUAGCUAUUUAGCAGUCUUAUGGCUUGGGGAUAGAAGCUGUUCAGGAGCCUGUUGGUGUCAGACUUCACGCUCCGGUACAGCUUGCCGUGCGGAAGCAGAGAGAACAGUCUUGGGUGGCUGGAGUCUUUAACAAUUUUCCGGGCCUUCCUUUCACACUGCCUGAUAUAGAGUUCCUGGAUGGCAGGGAGUUCGGCCCCUGUGACGUGCUGAGCUAUUCGCACCACCCUCUGUAGCGCUCUCCAAUCAAGGGUGGUGCAGUUGCCAUACCAAGCAUUGAUGAAGCCAGUUAGGAUGCUCUAAAUAGUGCAGCUGUAUAACUUUUUGAGGAUUUCAGGGCCCAUGACAGAACUUUUCAACCUAAAGAAAAACACCAAAAGCAAAGUUGGGUUGGAGCUCCUUAUAAUCAACUGCAACUAACUGAAAACAUUAGGCUACUGUGGCAUAACUUUAUAUAAAUAUUUGGAAUAUUGUCAAACUUGAUACAGAUAAACCAUACAUUCGACUAUAUCCCCAAAAUAUUCAAGACAACAUUGGUCCUCAAAUGGCUCUCAAACAAAUGACAAUGAGGGAGUUCGAUUAAGUGAACCGGGCUAUGGCCUAUGAUGUGAAUGGGCAAAAGUGGAGAGGGAGGAUCACCCUUCUCAAAUCGAACAAUAAUCUGCGCCGCUUGGUUAUGUUAUCAACAAGGCAGCAUGAUGCAUUGUUUAGAAACACACAUCUCUUUUCCGUAAAAUAUAUGUUCGAAUUUUCAAAGUAGUUCUAUUGGGAAGGCAGAUAAAGCCUUUUAAUCAAAAGUAAUCACUUUUGCAUGUGAAAACACAGAAUCCUACUCUUUACUCCACGUGCUUAACCGUUUUAUUUUGAGCCAACUUUGCCAAAAUGGGGCACCGAGCUCACGCCAGGGAGGCAGCCCUGUUCCAAAACGAAUGCAAUCAACACUGGCACGGGACAUUAAUCAAAUCCCCUCACUGGACAGUCUAUAUACUCACACAGGUCCUUCCGUUACAACGCUCUCAUCUGCAAACUGGAUUUAGGAGUGGUUUUAUACCAUUACAUGUUCCCCACUCAUUAUGAUCCCCUGUGAAGCACUGACCAAAACUAUGGUUCCUACCUUGUUCCAGUGAUAUAAAAGCACUCUGCCCUAUUGUAUCACAGCAAACAGUGUAGCAAUUUACCUAUCAGUAAACUUGUAUAAAUGCGUGAUAUAAAUGCCACAAUUAAUAGAAAAAUCAUAAACCUAGAUAUAUGAUUACAAAAAUUCACAGAAACAACUUCUACACAACAGUCAGAAUAUAUAGCUUUCUUUGAUAUAGUCUUUGUUGCCCUCUGCCGGUUUUGUGGGAUAUUUCCUCUAAAGGCACUGAAGAACGCCCAACUGAUGACGCAAAAUUCGGAAGUGAACCUUGUAGUAGGUGUUAGCGGAUAUGUUUUGGCGUUCCUCAUUGAAGACCAUGUAUGUUGCAUUGAUCCGAUCUGUAAUAGACUAUGGAAAUAUAGCAUAUGGUUCGGCAGUCCGGACCUCACUGGAAAGGCUAGAUGUCAUGCAGGGGCAAGGACUCAGAAUAUGUAGUGGGGCGUUUUGGACGUCCCCAGUGGCUGCAUUACAGGUGGAGAUGGGGGAUAUGCCGUUGCAGAUUAGGAGACAGCAGCUGGCAAUGAAUUACUGGGUCUGGGUCAAUUUACAAGGACAUGGGGUGUCUCAUCCUGCGAAAGGGAUUUUACAGGCAUGCUGGGAACAUGAGCGAAGACCGAACACGAGCUUUGGGUGGGUGGGUAAUAACCAGGCGAAGGAGAUGGGACUGUAUGGAAGGGAGUUUAGUCCAACGGUAGUUAUUACUGUAAAUCCACCAUGGCUACUCCCGUCUCCAGUAGUUGAUCUAGAAGUGUUGGAGAGACUACAGAAAGAUAGGGAGGGUGUUGAUCCAGCUGAUUUCUUUAAGAGACGUCUGGAAACUGUGUAUCAGGAUUUUGUGGCCAUUUACACAGAUGGUUCAAAUGAUCCAAGGACAGGACGUACUGGGUCAGCAUUUGUAGUGCAGGAAUGUGGGGUGGAAGUCAGGAAACGUAUUACAGAUCAUUUGGCUGUAUAUACGGCAGAGCUGAUGGCCAUACUGUUGGCCUUGCAGUGGGUGGAGGAAGUUAAACCAGACAGAGUAGUUAUUAUGCUCUGAUUCAUGUGCAGUGUUGAUGAGUCUCCAGUCCUUUAGCUCACGUAGCAGACAAGACCUGCUUUAUGAGGUGCUACAAACCGAUGGCAGGAUUAAACAGAUGGGUAUUCAGAUAAGAUUUACUUGGGUUCCAGCCUAUGUGGGGGUGGAGGGGAACGAGGCGGUAGAUGAACAGGCUAAACAAGCACUUAGUAGUGGGGAUGUUGAUGUUGAAGUGUCAAUGAGCAAGGCAGAGGCAAAAAUACUGAUAUAUACAGUGAUGGUGCAGGGAUGGCAGGAGCAGUGGAAUAUAAAUAAUAAGGGAAGGCAUUUAUUUCAGGUACAGAGGAAAGUCGGGGAGGGGAGGACGGCAGGAAGGGACAGAAGAGAGGAGGCUAUUUUUACAAGAUUAAGGGUGGGACACAGCCAGUUGAAUAAGACAUUAAACGUGAUAGGAAAGCAUCCAUCAGGAAAGUGUGAUUAUUGUCAGGAAACAGAGACUGUGGAGCAUUACAGUAUGGGCAGUAUCAGGGGGAAGAGAGAGGAUGAGAUUUAGUAUGAGGGAGAAGGGGAUACAGGAAAUUAGUUUAAAGAGUAUAUUGAGUAAAGCGUCACAAAUAUUUUGUUAUCUUUUUUAAGAGAAACGGGGUUGGCAGGUAGGAUUUAGUUGAUCCCUGUCUCUGGCCCACACUCCAUUACGGUAGGUGGCGGUAAUGCGCCAUAACGUUGGAUGCCAACCUCAAGAAGAAGAAGGAGGAGGCACCUCGAGUAAUAAUACAGGUAAUAGUACGGGUUUCUAGUACACUUUUAUCAAUGGCCUUUUCAAGUAUCUAAAAGCGACAACAAUGUAUGUGAAAUAUUUAGUCAUUGGGUGUGACUUUCUCCGUGUUUAAAAUCGAGCGUAGGUUAGAUACCUUCCUCUGUAGGAACUAACAUAGUUAGCAUAACAAGCUAAACUGUUGUUGCACAAUGCCUGUUACGUAGUUGGCUUAUCUUGUCUUGACUUGCUGGAGAGGGGUGUAUGAGUAAGUCCAAGACUGGGCGAUUAGAUAACUAAUUCAUGUUUAGCUGUCAGCAUUCUGUCAACUGAAAGUGAAACAACUUCUCCAUGUUAGACUUAGAAAGUGGAACCAAAGAUACUGAACCAAAGAUGACUGAACCUUCACGUGCGAGCUCAAGUUUCACGACCUGGUAUGAAAAGCCUACUUGUUAUCAUUGAUUGACUGACUUGAUCUUAUCUAGACAAGAUCACUAUAGUAGCUUUAUGUGGUUCUUGUUGUAGCUGUGCACAGACUAAUAUCUUGUGGUAGACUUCAGUUGAUGAUGUUUUCAGAGUGAGGUGAGGCAGGCGAGAAGUUUCCUUGCCUGUCUUGGUCAACCCUCUUAUAAUGUUGCAAGGUCAGUCCCUGCUGAUGUCUCAGCUAAGCUUCUUCUUCCUGACUAAUAGGAGUUUACCUUGACAGCAACAUGCCUGCCCUGCACGUGGAUGCCUAGCUGGCACAGAACGUUUUUGUAAUGUUCUACUACAACAUUGUAAAAACGUUUUUUUUUUUUUUUUUUGCCAGCUGAUUGAUCUCACAUCCAGAGCCUUCUAUUUAUAAAUAGAAGGCUCUGCUCAGAUGUUGUUUUUAGCUACAUGCAGCUGAUUCCAUUCUAAUUAACUGUCCUAACAUCCAGAACUUGCAAGAUGACUAUUUACUACACUACAACUCAAUUUUUGUAAAAGCUGUAGGCUAUUUGUAAGGUUAUGUAUUAGAUGAGACUUUAACUCGUCAGUGAAAGGCAUCUACAGUGCAUUCGGAAAGUAUUCAGACCCCUUCCCUUUUUCCACAUUUUGUUACAUUACAGCCUUAUUCUAAAAUUGAUUUAAAAAAUAAAUAAAUAAUCUCAUCAAUACCACAUAAUGACAAAGCGAAAACAGAAAUACCUUAUUUACAUAAGUAUUCAGUCCCUUUGCUAUGAUAAUCGAAAUUGAGCUCAGGUGCAUCCUGUUUCCAUUGAUCAUCCGUGAGAUGUUUUUACAACUUGAUUUGAGUCCACCUGUGGUAAAUUCAAUUGAUUGGACAUGAUUUGGAAAGGCACACACCUGUCUGUAUAAGGUCCCACGAAAAACCAAGCCAUCCAACCUGACAGAACUUGAGAGGAUCCGCAGAGAAGAAUGGGAGAAACUCCCCAAAUACAGGUGUGCCAAGCUUAUAGCGUCAUACCCAAGAAGACUCAAGGCUGUAAUUGCUGCCAAAGGUGCUUCAACAAAGUACUGAUUAAAGGGUCUGAAUACUUAUGUAAAUGUGAUAUUUCAGUUUUUACAUUUGCAAAAAUUGUAAAAUCCUGUUUUUGCUUUGUCAUUAUGGGGUAUUGUGUGUAAGUUGAUGGGGGGGGGGGGGGGGGGGGGCUAUUUAAUACAUUUUAGAAUAAGGCUGUAAAAAACAAAAUGUGGAAAAAGUCAAGGGGUCUGAAUACUUUCUGAAUGCACUGUAAACUAGCCUAUUAUUUAAUUCAUCCAUCCCCUAUGUCCAACAUUGUGCAUGCCAAUCCUUUUAAAACUCAUUGUUUAUUCUUCAUCUUCUUCCCAGGAUGGCACAGUUGGGUGCCAUUGCCACAAUAAUCUGUGCGAUCGGAGGUGCAGCUCUCUUCGCCUCUGUUCACAAAAUUGAAGAGGGACACACUGGAGUUUACUACAGGUCAGAUUUAUGUCUUAAUUUAGAUUGAUCGAUUAUUAUGUAACACAGACAUGUCUCUUCGACAUGCAUGCAGAGUAAGGAAUCGUAUCAUCUCUAUUUGUGGCAUAUCUAUCUGCAACAUUUGUUAUGUUGCUCCCUCCUAAACGUGUCCCUGACGUGUGUGUUCCACAGGGGAGGAGCUCUCCUGACCACCACCAGUAACCCUGGCUUCCAACUCAUGAUGCCUUUCAUCACUAACUUCAAGUCUGUGCAGGUAAGACCGGUGUCAGGAACAGGCCCUGGGCAUGACUUGUCUGACGGGGGUUUAGGCUGAAAUGUAGUUGAACAAAGAGAGGAGGCACUGAAACCUGACUGGUCUGAGAUGUUUUUGAGGUGAAAUGUAGUAGGGCAAAGGCUGAGGCUGGAAUUCAAUUAAACGGCAAAGUUUAGGCAGUUUCUUUGUUUACAAAAGUCACCCUGUGCCCGCACACUUCUUAUUCGGAAAAGUGAUAGCAAACCUAUGAUGGUAGUCUACCAGGGGUGUAUUCACUAGGAACCAAAUGGAACGAAGCGGGGAGGGACCUGCCUAUAUUUGUCUAAUAGGAGCUCUAGUUUUCGGUUUCCAUUAAAAAACGUUUUGCUACGAGUGUGCUACUAAUGAAUACACCCCUGGUAGGUUUUCAUACAAAAAAAAGGUGUUGUAUUGGUACAUAUACCGGAUAAGUGCAGUGAAAUGUGCUGUUUUACAGGGUCAGCAUAGUAGUAUGGUACCCCUGGAGCAGAUUAGGGUUAAGUGCAUUGCUCAGAUUUUUCACCUUGUCAGCUCGGGUAUUCGAACCAGUGACCUUUCGCUUACUGGCCCAACACUCCAAUGGCUAGGCUACCUGCCGCCCAAAUACCUGUUGGAAGAGUUUUUUGACCAUGGGAAAAGGAACUACUGUGUAAAUACUACAAUGCAGGUUUUAUUGAAUUGAGCCCUGCAGAAAUUAUGGAUUUGUUGAGUGUUUAACACCUUCUCUUUCUGUUUUUGUAGACCACUCUCCAGACUGAUGAAGUGAAGAAUGUACCAUGUGGCACAAGGUAGGGUUGUCUGUCAUCACUGCCUGAAAUCAACUUAAUGGAUGCAAAGAUUACCAGCUAGUUUUAUCUCCAUUCUUGUGGAUUUAUUGCAUGUAUGUCUAGUUACAUUCUGUUUUAUUUGUUCAGUGGGGGAGUGAUGAUUUACUUUGACCGGAUAGAAGUGGUGAACUACCUCGUACCCACAGCAGGUAAAGUCAUUAGCCAAUGCAUCAAACGUUGGAGCAAAUAAUCCAAUUUUGACAAGGUGCUCGAAGUUUUCUCUCUCAACACAAAACUAAAAACUGAUCUUACUUGUGACAUAACAUGUCUAAUGUUCAAAUCCCUCCUUAGUAUAUAGGCUAUAUUGUUUCAGAACCAAUGUAACCCAUGUAUUGUAAGAGUGUGUUGUCCGCUGCACCAUCAAGUCACUUUUGUUAUGACAGAUGUAAUGGUAGGGGCAGCCAGCCGUGGGAUGGUUGUGUACUUAGCAGUGUUGUAAUUGAGACCGGUCUCUUUUUUUCACCAUUCUGAAUCUCUAAAGAAUCGAAUGUUCUUCUAAAAUAUGAACACAGAAAUACUGGACAUUUUGAGCUCUUGUUAUGGUGGCAAUUUGACACAAUUACAAUCCCCCUCCAGUCUUGAUCUUGACUCGGACUCGAUUUGUUCCGGUCUUGAAUCAGUCUCGCUUUACGUGGUCUCGAAGAAGAAUAAUAAUAAUAAUAAUAAUAAUAAUAAUAAUAAGCCAUUUAGCAGACGCUUUUAUCCAAAGCGACUUACAGUCAUGUGUGCAUACAUUUUUACGUAUGGGUGGUCCCGGGGAUCGAACCCACUACCCUGGCGUUACAAGCGCCAUGCUCUACCAAUUGAGCUACAGAGGACCACAACACUAGUACUUGGCAACCAUUUUCGACAAAGCUUACUGUAGUCCGCCGAUAGACUAGCGUCCGGUCCAAGGGGUGUUACUUGUACAUCUGCCUGAUGCUACGAAAACAGGAGAUGGGCUUCUGCGCUAUGGAGCUACGUAUUUACUCUAGCCACUACUACUAACUUAUACUGCUUUCACAUAGGAUUUACGGUACUGUAUAAAACAUUUGGCAAUGUUUAUAUGACCCCCUUAUAAACAGGCCCAUUUUGACCACAUUCUUGCCUGCAUACACCAUUGAUACCUCCUGUGCGCAUGCCAGAAACAAGUGGUAGUAGUGGUGUGCAGAUAUGGGUGGGCGUCAAUUUUAAUAAAUCCAUUGAGAAUAUACACCAUCAAAAAGGAAUCGAUUAUUAAUUUGUUUAGGCAGGUCCUAAGAAACAUAAGAAUAAUAAAAUGUAUUUUCAAAAGAAUACUAUAGCAUAUUUUGAGUUGAAUUAGGCCUAGGUUACGGGUCUGUGUAGCCAUGGCUGUGCCAUCCAAAUGAAAUCAAUAGUUUGUUAUUUUGUUAAUCAAACAGACAAGACACACCUACCCGAUCACAGUCAACACACAUAUAUUUUAUAAUAAGAAUAUAACAGAAUAAAAUACAAUAAAUAUUUUUCCCACACAUUUUACAUUACAUUUACAUUUUAGUCAUUUAGCAGACGCUCUUAUCCAGAGCGACUUACAGUUAGUGAAUACAUUUUUUUUUUUUUAUACUGGCCCCCCAUGGGAAACGAACCCACAACCCUGGCGUUGCAAACGCCAUGCUCUAUCAACUGAGCUACAUCCCUGCCGGCCAUUCCCUCCCCUACCCUGGGCCAAUUGUGCGCCGCCCAUGAGUCUCCCGGUCGCGGCCGGCUGCGACAGAGCCUGGAUUCGAACCAGGAUCUCUAGUAGCACAGUUAGACCACUGCGCCACUCAGGAGCUAACACACAACUUGUGUCACGGUAAUGUGUAAAACCGCUGUCAUAUUAAAAAAAGUGAUAUUUACGUCAUUUAGCAGACGCUCUUAUCCGACUUACAAAUUGGUGCAUUCACCCUAUAGCCAGUGGGAUAACCACUUUAAAAUUAUUUAUUUUUUUAUUAUUUUUUAUUUAUUUUUUUUGGGGGGGGGGGGGGGGUAGAAGGAUUACUUUAUCCUAUCCCAGGUAUUCCUUAAAGAGGUGGGGUUUCAAAUGUCUCCGGAAGGUGGUGAGUGACUCCGCUGUCCUGGCAUCGUGAGGGAGCUUGUUCCACCAUUGGGGUGCCAGAGCAGCGAACAGUUUUGACUGGGCUGAGCGGGAACUAUGCUUCCGCAGAGGAAGGGGAGCCAGCAGGCCAGAGGUGGAUGAACGCAAUGCCCUCGUUUGGGUGUAGGGACUGAUCAGAGCCUGAAGGUACGGAGGUGCCGUUCCCCUCACUGCUCCAUAGGCAAGCACCAUGGUCUUGUAACGGAUGCGAGCUUCAACUGGAAGCCAGUGGAGUGUGCGGAGGAGGGGGGUGACGUGAGAGAACUUGGGAAGGUUGAACACCAGACGGGCUGCGGCAUUCUGGAUGAGUUGUAGGGGUUUAAUGGCACAGGCAGGGAGCCCAGCCAACAGCGAGUUGCAGUAAUCCAGACGGGAGAUGACAAGUGCCUGGAUUAGGACCUGUGCCGCUUCCUGUGUAAGGCAGGGUCGUACUCUCCGAAUGUUGUAGAGCAUGAACCUGCAGGAUCGGGUCACCGCCUUGAUGUUAGCGGAGAACGACAGGGUGUUGUCCAGGGUCACGCCAAGGCUCUUCGCACUCUGGGAGGAGGACACAACGGAGUUGUCAACCGUGAUGGCGAGAUCAUGGAACGGGCAGUCCUUCCCCGGGAGGAAGAGCAGCUCCGUCUUGCCAGGGUUCAGCUUGAGGUGGUGAUCCGUCAUCCAUACUGAUAUGUCUGCCAGACAUGCAGAGAUGCGAUUCGCCACCUGGUUAUCAGAAGGGGGAAAGGAGAAGAUUAGUUGUGUAUCGUCAGCGUAGCAAUGAUAGGAGAGGCCAUGUGAGGAUAUGACAGAGCCAAGUGACUUGGUGUAUAGGGAGAAAAGGAGAGGGCCUAGAACUGAGCCCUGGGGGACACCAGUGGUGAGAGCACGUGGUGCGGAGACAGCUUCUCGCCACGCCACUUGGUAGGAGCGACCGGUCAGGUAGGACGCAAUCCAGGAGUGAGCCGCGCCGGAGGCUCUGUUUUGAAACAGAGCGCAAGCCCAUGCUUUUUUUAUCCAUGUUUCAUCACUUUCCUACCCACACUCCGUUUUGUUAGGGAGCAGGCGUAGGCUCUUGCCUUCAUCAUGAUACCGAUAGAAAAUAAUAGCAAUCCUAUUUUCAAAAGCAUGUUAGUCUCAAUCAUAUUUCAAUCUUAGGUUCAUAUUUGGAGUUGCCUAGACACGAUUGAGCAAAAUAAUAGGCCUACACUUGAUUUAGGCUACAUUAUUGCACGCUAAAUGUUUCUGAUCAGUGAUAGAUGAAGCCAAUUAACCAAAUAGCCUAUACAGAUGGAGAUUCAUUGAAACAAAAUCACAUUGAUUGAUUAUUAGUCAUUGAAGUCACAGGCUUUUGGUUGGGGGUAGGCCUAGGCUACUAAGCGACUGUGACUGCAGAGCAAAAUAAUCCACUUAUUAAACUACAUAACAUGGUAUAAUGUUCUAAUAAAUGAGCCAACUAGACAACAUGAUCAUGGGCAGUGUCACGGUUUCGGCCGAGGCUGCUCCUCUUCCUUGUUCGGGCAGGCUUCGGCGGUCGUCGUCUCCGGAGUACUAGCUGCCACCGUUCUAUGUUUCAUGUUCAUUUGGUUUUGUCUGUUCAUAACACCUGUCCCUUAUUUGUGUCUUAAUUGUUUCCCUAUUUAGUUUCGUGUGUGUGGGUCAGGUGUUAUGCGUGAUUGUUUUUGUCAGACUGCCUCUGUAAGGAUACCUUUCUCUCGUUGUUGGCUUGUCCCGAGAGUUCGCACUGCGUGCGCUUUUCUUGUGUAUUUCGCACCGUGUUUUGUGCGUAAUUGUUUUGCGCCACCCGGUUGGGUUGGCGACUAUUUUUGGGUUCACGUGUUGAACGUAUAUAUAUAAAAGACGGUUGAAGUCAUCCUGGUUCCUGCGCUUGAUUCCUUUCCACUCAUCUACACACACCACUCUGACAGAAUCACGCAUCACACCUGACCCACACACACGAAACUAAAUAGGGAAACAAUUAAGACACAAAUAAGGGACAGGUGUUAUGAACAGACAAAACCAAAUGAACAUGAAACAUAGAACGGUGGCAGCUAGUACUCCGGAGACGCUGACCGCCGAAGCCUGCCCGAACAAGGAAGAGGAGCAGCCUCGGCCGAAACCGUGACAGUACCCCCCCCUUGACGCGCGGCUCCAGCCGUGCGCCGACCCGGAGCUCGGGGACGACCCGGACGACGCGGAGCAGGGCGCGCAGGAUGACCCCGAUGGAAAUCGGUCAGUAGGGACUGGUCCAAUACGUCCCUCCUUGGCACCCAGCACCGCUCCUCCGGACCGUACCCCUCCCACUCCACGAGAUAUUGAAGACCCCCCAUCCGGCGUCUAGAAUCCAGGAUGGACUGUCACGGUUUCGGCCGAGGCUGCUCCUCUUCCUUGUUCGGGCAGGCUUCGGCGGUCGUCGUCUCCGGAGUACUAGCUGCCACCGUUCUAUGUUUCAUGUUCAUUUGGUUUUGUCUGUUCAUAACACCUGUCCCUUAUUUGUGUCUUAAUUGUUUCCCUAUUUAGUUUCGUGUGUGUGGGUCAGGUGUUAUGCGUGAUUGUUUUUGUCAGACUGCCUCUGUAAGGAUACCUUUCUCUCGUUGUUGGCUUGUCCCGAGAGUUCGCACUGCGUGCGCUUUUCUUGUGUAUUUCGCACCGUGUUUUGUGCGUAAUUGUUUUGCGCCACCCGGUUGGGUUGGCGACUAUUUUUGGGUUCACGUGUUGAACGUAUAUAUAAAAGACGGUUGAAGUCAUCCUGGUUCCUGCGCUUGAUUCCUUUCCACUCAUCUACACACACCACUCUGACAGGCAGCACUCACCUCAACUUAGCUAACAUUUUCCCAGCCUAAUUGUAGCCUAACCAAUAUCCAAACGGAGAUUCACGGAAAACAAAAAUCAGACAUUUAUUGAAUACCUUUCAGAUAUAAAGAAAAAGCGGAAAAACGUCUAGGUAUGAAAGGGAUAUUACUGUAGCCCACAGGAGGAACGGCUCAUAAUAAUGUCCGGAACGGAGCAAAUGGAAUGGCAUCAAACACCUGGAAACCAUGUGUUUGAUUUAUUUGCUACCAUUCCACUGAUUCCACUCCAGUCAUUACCACAAGCCCGUUCUCCCCAAUUAAGGUGCCACCAACCUCCUGUGCUGUAGCCAUUCUUCUUUGUCUUUUCUCUGCAGUGUAUGGUAUAGUGAGGAACUUCACAGCAACUCUUUCUCCUCUCUUCUGCAGUGUAUGAUAUAGUGAGGAACUUCACAGCGGAUUACGACAAGGCCCUGAUAUUCAACAAGGUUCACCAUGAGCUCAACCAGUUCUGCAGCGUCCACUCUCUACAGGAGGUCUACAUCGGCUUGUUCGGUAACUAAUCAAUCAACAGAAUAUUAAAAUGGUUUUAAAGGCCUAGUGUUGUCUCUGGCUGUGUCCCAAAUGGCACCCAAUUCCCUACAUAGUGCACUACUACUACAAAAGUAGUGCACUAUACUGUAUAGAGAAUAGGGUGGUAUGUGGGAUGCAGCCUCUGUCUCCAUGGUAUAUCCUGAUGUGUGUGUGUGUGUGUGUGUGUUGGUUUCCCUCCUCAGACCAGAUAGAUGAAAACCUGAAGCUGACCCUACAGGAGGACCUGACCUGCAUGGCUCCUGGACUCAUCAUACAGGUACAGGGACUGAGAGGAAGAGACAACGAACCAAUCUUAGGGAAUCCUUGCAUACCAGUAUAAAUAUGUUUAUUGAAGGUGAAUAAAUCAAUGUUUAUUGAAAUGUAUUUAUAUGCAAGGAAUCCCUUUGAUUGAUUUUAUUUACUUGAUACUCCACUUACCCUUGUGUUACUGGGAGAGGGAGCGAUGGGAGGAUGGAAUUGUAGAGAAUCCUUGCAUAUAAAUAUGUUAUUGAUGGUGAAUACUCAUUUAACAAUAUCAUGAGCAGUUGGAACAUUGAAACUGCCCAUGUUAUGCGAGUACUCACCUUCCAUAACUGUUUUUAUAUACUAGGAUUGAUUUUUGAUUUGGUUGAUACUCUACUUAUCCUUGUGUGACCCAGGUAGAGCCACACACACACAGGGUUGAAUGACAGACAGCAAACCGGGUUAAGUUUAAAGUAUUGUCUAAGGUUAAAGUAGAAGACUGUACUUCAAUUUUAUGAGGCUCCAUAUUGUGAUAAUGAAUGCCAGGUGAUGAGUGGGCUGCUAAGGGAUCCUGGAUGGACUUAAGUUACUAUCUAAAACUUAAUGAAAGACUAUAAACAGAACAGAUCCCAUGUUGUAAUAUCUGGACUGGAAAACAAUGGGAACAUUGUCAGACUCAAAAAGGAGAGAGAGAUUCUGGCAGACUCAAAAAGGAGAGAGCAAGGGAGAGAAAUAGUCAUUUCCUCCUCGACCCCACCUCUGCUCAUUUCUUUAUAGUUUUAAGGCCCUCUGGGUUUAAACACUUAGCUUUUUCUUCCCAUAAAUCCUCUAGAAGAAAUGACAGUAACAGCUGUAGGUUCUGCCAGGAACUAAUAAUACUACAGUACAGUUCACUUCAGAGUUUCGUGAGGAGUAAGAUUGCGUUUGUUCUUUUGUGCUCCCAAGUUUAACUAGGUAUGUGUCCCAAAAGACACCCUAUUCCCAUGACCUAUUCCCAUGACCCUAUGGGGCCAGUCAAAGGUAGUGCACUACAAAGGGCACUCAGCCUAGAUGAUUCCCUGGUGAUGAGAAUGCCUCUUAUUGCCAUGAAAUGACUUGCAGUUCCACAGUAAAACCAAUGUUCAAUAUGAUCUCAAUCAUCUCUCCGUCGCCCCUCUAUUUCAUGGUUGUGGUUUGGCAAUCUUAACCACAGGCGGUCCGAGUCACGAAGCCCAACAUCCCUGAGAGCAUUCGCAGGAACUACGAGAUGAUGUGAGUAGAACAGUUGGCUGUAUUUUUACAUUUUAGUCAUUUAGCAGACGCUCUUAUCCAGAGCGACUUACAGUUAGUGAGUGCAUACAUUCUUUUUUUAUUUUUCAUACUGGCCCCCUGUGGGAAUCAAACCCACAACCCUGGCGUUGCAAACGUCAUGCUCUACCAACUGAGCUACCUGCCGGCCAUUCCCUCCCCUACCCUGGACGACGCUGGGCCAAUGAAACAUUCUAGAACACUGCAACACUCCAUAUUCCCCAAACCCCCAACCCCCUUCCGUCAUGUAUUUAUAUUCUCCUCAGACAUAGGCUGUGUCCCGAAUGGCACCCUAUUCCCUCUAUAGUGCAUGAUCUUUGACAAGUGCACUACAUAGGGAAUAGUGUGCCAUUUGGGAUGCAGCCCGCUCUCCACUUCCAUCUGGAAGACUUUAGUAAUGGACUGAUGAUGGUAUUUAUUUUCAUGUUUACAUGCUAUUUCCUGGCUGUUGUUGUUUUAGGAUGUUCUGGUGAGUGAUGGGACACAUGCUGCAUGCUGUGGGACUGGAGAAAGAUAUUAACCAGCUUUUAGCACGCACCUUUAAUCUCUGUGUGUGUGUGUGUGUGUGUGUGUGUGUGUGUGUGUGUGUGUGUGUGUGUGUGUGUGUGUGUGUGUGUGUGUGUGUGUGUGUGUGUGUGUUUGUUUAGGGAGGCUGAGAAGACAAAGCUUCUGAUUUCUGCUCAGACUCAGAAGGUGGUGGAGAAGGAGGCAGAGACAGAGCGGAAGAGGGCUGUGAUUGGUCAGUCAUGAGACACUAACACUAUGACCUUUACAUUUUCACAGAAAAAAAUAUUAAACUGACAUUUUCUAAUAAUACACUGACAUUUAUAAACAAAUGACUGUAAGUCUGUUUUGUUGUACUAAUUUUUAAGAGGGAUUCUGCCGUUUUCUCAUUAAAUCCCAGAAUGUAAGGCUAAUUUCCUCUCCUCCCUGUGCUGCUCUACAGAGGCAGAGAAGCUGGCUCAAGUGGCUGAAAUCAAGUUUAGCCAGAAAGUCAUGGAGAAAGAAACAGAGAAAAGGAUCUCUGAAAUUGAAGGUGUGUAUGUUUGGCAAAACAAUAAGAUUGUAUAUUUAAGCAAUAAAGCCAGAGGGGGUGUGGUAUAUGGCCAAUAUACCACGGCUAAGAGCUGUUCUUAAGCACGAUGCAACACAGAGUCCCUGGAUACAGAACCGUGGUAUAUUGGCAAUAUACCACAAACCCCUGAGGUGCCUUAUUGAUAUUAUAAACUGGUUACCAACGUAAUUAGUGCAGUUAAAAUAAAUGUUUUGUCAUACCUGUGGUAUACGGUCUGAUAUACCACGGCUUUCAGCCAAUCAGCAUUCAGGGCUCCAACCACCCAGUUUUUAAUUGUCCUUAGGCCACUGCUCAGUGAAAUGGUGUGCUUGCAUAAUGGGGCUUUUAAGAUGCUCUAAAUGUUUGUCCUUUUCCUUGUGGGUCAUGAUAGUAGAAAGAGGAGUCUCCUGAGGACUGACUGAGUAUGGGAGGUCAAAGCUUAAGUGCAAUACAUUUAGACAUAUCCCGUCACUGCUCCCUCGUGUCUUCAUUCUGCAGCAUCUGUAGCCACGAUGUCGUUGUACUGUAGCCAAUUCCCUUAUCAUAACCUUUCUUUUUGUUUCUCCGGUUAGGCCUACGUUAGCCAUUUUCGCGUGAGCUUGGCUAUCAAUGUAAAGUAAACUUUGCAACGUGUUGUAUUCUCACAUGGGGAGAGGGAACAUAAGCUCUGGCGUGGACAAAUUGGAACAUUUUAAGACCACACAAGUAAUGGAAAGUUCCCGGCUCCACACACUGUCAAUGCGUGGCUGGUAGCCUUAUGUCUGCCUCGCCGCUCACAGAAUGGAAUUCGCAACACAAAAAACUCCUGGGUUUUUAAAAGUAUCUUGAUUUAAAAUGUUUCCGACCCGCAAGCCCACCCACGGGUUGAAAUAAUGUUUUCAUUCCACCCACCAGCUGAUCUUUUUUUUUUUGCAUCUCAACCGCCGGGAACCGUGGUUAUCCGACCCAAUGCAGGACUAUACUAAUGAUAGGGUAACUGCAGAUGGGAAACCCCAUGCUUCAGCCUAUUUAUUUAUAGCCACUAUGCUGCAUCAGUUGGGCUACAGGUGAUAAUCCCUAUUGCUAAUAGCAUACCUGAUAAUAUGUUAAUAUUUUACCAGGAGGUGGAAAUAAUAUUUUAGUUGGUGUCAACGCAAUUUUAUUUUCAUUCAUUUUGGAGUAGAAUGUGCUUUCAAAAAGUCACCAGAACUUAGCUUCAUAAAAAUGAUCCCCUUUCCAGAGGAAACACUGCUCCUCUCUGCCUCUGACCACUAACCCCUGGGUUGCAGAUGGAGCGUUCCUGGCUAAGAUGAAGGGCAGGGCCGAUGCAGAGUUCUACACAGCACAGAGAGCGGCCGAGGCCAACAAGGUGAGAGGGACAUACUGCGAGGAACCCUUCAAGGUUUGCAGAUCUGAAGGUUCUGCAUAAUCAGGGAAGUGAAAGAUCUCUCAGAACCCACUAUGUUGCUUCCUCCAUGCAGAUCUACAAAUGUCCAAGGGUUAGAGCCAAGGGGAGAUGGUAGGGAGGGAUUCAGACUGGCUGGAACAGUGAGAGAGAACACACUGCCCCUCAGGCUACAAUCUAACAGCAUCACAAGACAGCCAGGCAUUCAUCACUGACUUCUGCCCUCUCUCUCUCUCCUCCUCUCCCUCUCUCUCCCUCCUUCUCUCUUCCCCUCCCCUCUCGCGCUAUCUCGCUCUCCUCACUUUCUCUCCCCCCCUCUCUCCACUCCCAGUUGAAGCUGACGCCAGAGUACCUGCAGCUUAUGAAGUUCCAGGCCAUAGCAGCUAACAAUAAGAUCUACUUUGGGAGUAAGAUCCCCCAGAUGUUUGUUGACUCUGGCCCCUCCUCCACUAAGGCCUCAGCUGCCAUGGAUGUCCUAACUGAACAGAUCCUGGACCUAGACUGAUGGAAGGAUGGAAAGGAGGAGAGAAGAGACCCAUCCCAGGGCUGGAGCUGUGGAGUUGGGCCCAUGCCAGCCACACGGUGGGGUGGCAGAGGAGCCUUGGGUUUAUGUGU